ACAGAAUAUUUGGUAAACAAAACCAUCGGUCCAUUCGACCCGAGUGCAUUUAAAGUCUUCAGACCUAUUGCGAAAUCAUGAUAUCAAUCCAAACUCUCAGCAUAUCGACACAAUCUAAAUUAUUGGCAACGAAAUAUUGACAAAGAAAAACGUCCUACGACGCGUCGGUUGCAGUAUAUUUUAAAUGCGACAAUUGUUUCAGUUAUAUUUUUCUACGUAGAAAAAUAUAUCUUGAAAUUGUAAAUAAUAUGUUCCAGGCUAUCAUCUGGACAUUGCUUAUUUUUAUCGACAUAGGUGAAUCGGCAGCGGUAUUGAAGAAUUGUGAUGAUUUUUCGUACUAUGAUUACAAUUACGACAUAUGCCGACUGACUGAAGGUCGUGGCGAAGCAAUUCAUUUGGAUAAUGAGGUCGUAUGUGCUGAUGGAUUUAUUGGUCAGCGGCAAUACGCCGGUUCCGAAAAACUUUAUUAUCUAUGUACCAGAGACGGAGUUUAUAUUGGUCUAUGUCCCGGAGACGAGAUUUAUAACAACGAAACGAAACAAUGCGAGCAAGUGUUUAAAACAAAGAAGCACUACGUCGAUCAUCAAAAUAUUUACAAUCUGCCACCGUGUACGCGCGACGGUCGAUGGGCUAUCACACAAGAUGUCACUCGUUUCUACACUUGUACGAAAAAUGGUAAUGAAUACGACCAACGCAUAUAUCAGUGUGUACAGGGAAAGCAGUAUUGUCCGGUUUUAAGAGAUUGUACCAGUCACCCUGUGAAAAACGUUCACAAGAUAAUUAAGUCAGAGGAAAAGACCAAAAAACCUAAAAGCCCAUAUCCACCGUGUCCAAAACCUGGCAUUUUUAGAACACCUGAUGAUUGCACGGCAUACAUGCAUUGUAAGUACGACCCGUCUUCAGGACUCUACAUACAGCAUCAAUUUGUGUGCCCAGACGGAAUGGCUUUCGAUACAAAAUCAAAGAACUGCGUACCGAAAAAUAAGGUUGACUGCCGCAAAAUCACAAUACAAGAAUGUGUCAAGCUUUAUGAAGAAACUCUUCCAACUAAUCCAACAAACAGUGAUACAACGACUUCCAGUCCAAGUGGAGAAAUAUCGACUUCCAGUCCAGGUGGUGAGGUAUCAACAUCCAGACCAGAUGGAGAACUUUCGACUUCCAGUCCAGGUGGUGAAAUAUCGACUUCCAGUCCAGGUGGUGAAAUAUCGACUUCCAGUUCAAGUGGUGAAGUAUCGACUUCCAGUCCAGACGGUGAAGUAUCGACAUCUGGUCCAGACGGUGAAAUAUCGACUUCGAUUCCAAAUGGAGAAGUAUCGACAUCUGAACCAGGCGGUGAAGUAUCGACUUCGAUUCCAAAUGGAGAAGUAUCGACAUCUGGUACAGACGGUGAAAUAUCGACAUCUGGUCCAGACAGUGAAGUAUCGACUUCGAUUCCAAACGGAGAAGUAUCGACAUCUGAACCAGGCGGUGAAGUAUCGACAUCUGGUCCAGACGGUGAAAUAUCGACUUCGAUUCCAAAUGGAGAAGUAUCGACAUCUGAACCAGGCGGUGAAGUAUCGACUUCGAUUCCAAAUGGAGAAGUAUCGACAUCUGGUCCAGACGGUGAAGUAUCGACAUCUGGUCCAGACGGUGAAGUAUCGACUUCAAUUCCAAAUGGAGAAGUAUCGACAUCUGAACCAGGCGGUGAAGUAUCGACAUCUGGUCCAGACGGUGAAGUAUCGACUUCAAUUCCAAAUGGAGAAGUAUCGACAUCUGAACCAGGCGGUGAAAUAUCGACUUCGAUUCCAAAUGGAGAAGUAUCGACAUCUGGUCCAGACGGUGAAGUAUCGACAUCUGGUCCAGACGGUGAAGUAUCGACUUCGAUUCCAGAUGGUGAAGUAUCGACAUCUGGUCCAGACGGUGAAAUAUCGACCUCGAUUCCAAAUGGAGAAGUAUCGACAUCUGAACCAGGCGGUGAAGUAUCGACAUCUGAACCAGGCGGUGAAGUAUCGACAUCUGGUCCAGACGGUGAAGUAUCGACUUCUAUUCCAAAUGGAGAAGUAUCGACAUCUGGUCCAGACGGUGAAAUAUCGACUUCGACUCCAGACGGUGAAGUAUCGACAUCUGGUCCAGACGGUGAAAUAUCGACUUCGAUUCCAAAUGGAGAAGUAUCGACAUCUGGUCCAGACGGUGAAAUAUCGACUUCUAUUCCAAAUGGAGAAGUAUCGACAUCUGGUCCAGACGGUGAAAUAUCGACUUCGACUCCAGACGGUGAAGUAUCGACAUCUGGUCCAGACGGUGAAGUAUCGACAUCUGAACCAGGCGGUGAAGUAUCGACAUCUGGUCCAGACGGUGAAGUAUCGACAUCUGGUCCAGACGGUGAAGUAUCGACUUCGAUUCCAAAUGAAGAAGUAUCGACAUCUGGUCCAGGCGGUGAAGUAUCGACAUCUGGUCCAGGCGGUGAAGUAUCGACAUCUGAACCAGGCGGUGAAGUAUCGACAUCUGAACCAGGCGGUGAAGUAUCGACUUCGAUUCCAGACGGUGAAGUAUCGACUUCGAUUCCAGACGGUGAAGUAUCGACAUCUGGUCCAGACGGUGAAGUAUCGACAUCUGGUCCAGACGGUGAAGUAUCGACAUCUGGUCCAGACGGUGAAGUAUCGACAUCUGGUCCAGACGGUGAAGUGUCGACUUCGAUUCCAAAUGAAGAAGUAUCGACAUCUGGUCCAGGCGGUGAAGUAUCGACAUCUGGUCCAGGCGGUGAAGUAUCGACAUCUGGUUCAGACGGUGAAAUAUCGACUUCUAUUCCAAAUGGAGAAGUAUCGACAUCUGGUCCAGACGGUGAAGUAUCGACAUCUGGUCCAGGCGGUGAAGUAUCGACAUCUGGUCCAGGCGGUGAAGUAUCGACAUCUGGUCCAGACGGUGAAAUAUCGACUUCUAUUCCAAAUGGAGAAGUAUCGACAUCUGGUCCAGACGGUGAAAUAUCGACUUCGACUCCAGACGGUGAAAUAUCGACUUCGAUUCCAAAUGGAGAAGUAUCGACAUCUGGUCCAGAUGGUGAAGUAUCGACUUCGAUUCCAAAUGGAGAAGUAUCGACAUCUGAACCAGGCGGUGAAGUAUCGACAUCUGGUCCAGGCGGUGAAGUAUCGACAUCUGGUCCAGGCGGUGAAGUAUCGACAUCUGGUCCAGACGGUGAAGUGUCGACUUCGAUUCCAGACAGUGAAGUAUCGACAUCUGGUCCAGACAGUGAAAUAUCGACUUCGAUUCCAAAUGGAGAAGUAUCGACAUCUGGUCCAGACGGUGAAAUAUCGACUUCGACUCCAGACGGUGAAAUCAGCCCAACGACUGAUGCCCCAACCACAGAACCAGAUCUAGUGAACUCAGAAACUGAAAAUCAUUUGUGCAUCGUAUCGCCUGGUAAAACAUCGAAAUGUUGUUCGUUAUGUCCUAUGUCAGGUGACACUAUAGUGAUAAAUAUUAGCAAACCCUGUAAGCUUAUUAUGAAUAUUGAAUCAGAAUCACCAAGCGGUUGUGACUGUAGUAAAUGUCCACAAACUACACAAAGGACUGAAACUAGCGACAAUGAUCUUACAACCGCUGAUCCAAAAACUACGGCUGUUCCUACAUCAAAAAAUGAUCAAACAGCGACAAGUUCGUUAGCUAGCACUAAUUCUCCUCCAACAACAUCUGCUCCAUCAACAACUGCUGGUUCAACAACUGAAGAUGAAGGAGAGCUGAAUAUAUCACAGCAGGUUAGCAACACAGACUCGGAAGAAGAUGAAGACGAGGGAGAGCUGAAAAUAUCGCAACAGUUUUAGCGGAUAUUAAGUAGUUUUUGAUAUUUUUAUUUUAACUAUGAUUAAUAUUUAUUGAAUUACAAAUAGGUUAAUUUUUUGUAAAAUAUUUUGUGAAUAAACUAAUUUAUUGUAUUGAUA